AAAUUUGGCAUAUAAACGCAGGGAGCGCUCAUACUUGAAUGAUUAUACAGGUACGCUCGAGAAUCCUUGGUGGAUGUACGAUAUCCGAACUUACUUACUUAUUACGUAUAUUUAGGCUCCUAUAGAUGUCCUAAAUCUUAGGAUGUAUGAAGAGUAGCUUUCAUGUUCACCAUUCUGCUUCAAUACAACUUUUGGAGCUGGACAUUGUUUCCCGGGGAUAGUUGACCAGAUUGAACAAAACGUUUUGGUAAAAGCCGACAGAAUACAGAUUUUGUAUUGGAGUGAAUCACAGAGGCUGGAGAGGCUGAUCAUCAUCAUGAAGGGUGUACCUCAGGACUGGCUGAGAGGGUUCGGGUUGUUAUUCUUUGCCCAAACAGUAAUUUCUAUGGUGAUCCCUAACUCUACUCACCUGGAGGCUAUACUGGAGAAGUAUAUGAACAAAGAUGAUGAGUGGUGGGUGUCCAAACAGAGAGGGAAGAGAGCCAUCACUGACGGUGAUAUGCACCUCAUCCUCGAUUUGCACAACAAGCUCAGAGGUCAAGUUUAUCCUCAAGCUUCAAAUAUGGAGUAUAUGGUUUGGGAUAUGGAGCUGGAGAGGAGUGCUGAACACUGGGCACACACCUGCCUGUGGGAGCAUGGACCACAACACAUGCUAACCCAGAUUGGACAGAACCUGGGUGCCCACUGGGGAAGAGACCGACCACCAACAUUUCACGUCCAAGCCUGGUAUGAUGAAGUGAGAGACUACAGCUAUCCCUAUCCACAGGAAUGUAACCCACACUGCCCUUUCAGAUGCUCUGGUCCCGUCUGCACUCACUAUACACAGAUGGUUUGGGCAACAAGCAGCCAUAUUGGAUGCGCUAUCAAUGUGUGCUACAAUAUGAAUGUGUGGGGCAUGAUUUGGACUAAAGCUGUGUACUUGGUUUGCAACUACUCACCGCCGGGAAACUGGUGGGGGCAUGCCCCAUACAAACAUGGCACCCCGUGCUCUGCCUGUCCGCCCAGCUACGGUGGAGGCUGUAGGGACAAUCUCUGCUACAAAGAGAACGGAGUACAGAGACGUCCUGCCCCUGAACUAGAAGAGACAAAUUACAUUGAGCCGGAGACGCAGCCAGAACCGAGGGCCCAAGAGCCUAGGGCGAGACCACUGCCCCCAACACCAUCAUCCAAUGACAACGUGGAGAGGAAUGAGGUGGUCAGCACAGUGCAAAUGUGUCAACAGAUGGACUGUGAGACCAAGCUGCGUGAUCGUUGUAAAGGAACCACUUGUAAUAGGUACGAGUGUCUUCCUGGAUGCUUGUCUAGCCCAGGAAAAGUAAUAGGGACUGGGUAUUAUGAUAUGCAAUCAAGUGUUUGCGGAGCUGGUUUGCACGCUGGAAUCAUAGACGAUGGCGGAGGCUGGCUGGACGUUACAAGACAAGGAAGAAAAUCUUAUUUCACAAAGUCCUACAAAAAUGGUGUUCAGUCUGUUGCGAUGAACAGGAGUGCAAAUGCCUUCAACGUAUUUACUGUACCAGUAAAAGCAGUCACAUGUGAGACCACCGUUGCACGGUUUUGUCCCUACAAAAAACCUGCACGGCACUGUCCAAGGAUGUAUUGCCCCCGCAAUUGUCUGCAUGAGACCCGUGCCAGAGUCAUUGGAACACAAUGGUAUUCAGAUAAAUCCAGUAUAUGUCGAGCAGCCAUCCAUGCUGGUGUCAUUCAGAAUGACUCAGGAGGCUACCUGGAUGUGCAGCCCGUGGACAAGAGGAGACAGUACAGUGGUAGCUAUCAGAACAGAAUCUCUUCAGAAAGCCUACAGAAUCCUUCAGGUGGCAAAGCAUUCAGAGUAUUUGCAGUCAUUUGAAUCCACAUUGCAAGGACACUGGCAAUGAAAAUGAGCACUUGUCAUUUCACGGCCGGUAAUUACACUGCUUGGUUUCCUUCUCUUGCUAAGCUGCACCUCAGCUUCUCAAGGCUGUUCAAUUCACUUUGAUCUCAACAUAUACAAAGAUACACUGUUCAAAUGUAGAUCUUUUAAGACUGUAUAUUGGAUGUAUAUAACAUGUUGUAAAUAAGUUGAAUGUCUAACAAAUUGCAAUCUCUCAUAGAUAUUUGUAUCAGAACAGAAAAAUAUGUAAUGUGCAUGCAUGGUAAAGGUUUUAAUUCUAUGAUAUUUCAAAUCUUGUAUUGUUUUUAAAAAAUGUGUAAGUAUUUUAUACAUUUUGAUGACUGAUGUUGAUGUUAUAUUUCAUGAUACAAAAUUGUAUAGCCCUUAUUCAUAGAUUUUUACAGUUCAAGCCUGGCUGGCCAGGAGUGCGUCAGAGAAUUUCAUAGCACGAACCACAUGGUGAGACACCCAAAAUAUGCAUUAUUUAUUUACAUUUGUGAAGAAAUCAUUGUUAUCAAUGGUCAAUUCUGGAAGGACAGUUGGGAUUUUCAUAGCAUGUCUUUAAGCUGAACAUACAGUAUAGCAAUUAUGAUAUGUUUCAUGAAAACCUUAUCAGUUCUCCAUUGAUUGCUACUGUUCAUAAUACAGUAGCUGUAUGGUAUGUAGUUUAUAAAGCACUACCUCACAUUGUUAGAAAGGCACCAUUAAUGUACUGGAAACUACUGGUACCCUGUCUGGAUGGCAGAGAGAGUACUGUCUUACUGUCCUAAAUCUAACAUGUGUUUGUCAGGUUCACAGGGCGUUACUGUGUGAUAAAGGGCUAAAUCCUGGUGUACUCAGUAGUAGCUUUUCAUAUUUCUACAGCCCCCCCCCCAAACCCAAUUAUCUGGUUGAAACAUUAAUCAUAUUUUUUAUAUACAUUAUACAGCUAUUACACAUGUUCAUCUAUACACAGAACUCAGGCACUCAUAUUCAACAUUUCAAAAACAGAAUUUGUAGAAAGCCCAUAUCCUUUCCAGGCAGGAGCAGUAAAGAAUGAAAGCUGAGCAAGCCCUUAUGUUAAACUACUCGGGCCCACUGGCUGUGCGCUAGGUAGAGCAGACAAAGAGUGACUUUGUGUGUGUUGAUCUCGAUCUCACUUCCCUGGAUGCAUUUCCCCCACGCCUGCCACAGAUGUGGUCAACCCCAGCUGAAAGGUCUCUGUCAGUCACCCGUACACACACAUACCCUCUGUGGGAUGCUUUAUGUAAGGGUUGAGAUUCAAGUUCAGUAUAUUUUACUCAAUAGUUUCGUCUGAAAGGAGUUUGCUUCGGAUAACGCAUUUUAACUAAUGCUGUAACUUUUUUAAAGGGGCAAGAUCAUAUCUAAGAUAAUGUACGGUAUUCUCUAAUUUUGUCAAAAGCUCUUGUUAGACUACGUAUAUAGUCAGUCAACAUAAGAGAUGGUUAAAUAUUAAAGCUGUAAGUGGGUCAGACUUACUUCAAUAUGGAAUAGAAACAAGGGAAUCCAACAGGACAGACAUAUUGACCUUUAUCCAUAAACUUUUUCCAUUCUUUAGAAAUAGAUAUUACAUACUAGCUUCCAUUGCUAGUGCAACGCUAUGGUUAAUACAUUGUAUACACUGUAUUGUAGUGGUGACCCAUUAUAACACACAACCCCCACUAUCACCACCAUUCUGCUGAGUGACCGGGGGGCUGGACUGAGAGGAACUUUUCCAGGAAGAGGACCAGGGCUGAUAGAGAGCUGCUGAUGGCCUCAUUGAGUUCCGCACCACUCUCCAGAGAGAAGAGGCAUGCAUCAGAACACUGUCAAAAUUCACAGGGCAGUGUUGCAGAGGAGUCCACUGGCAAAUACGCCAACUGUUCACUGCUGCAGGAGUGUUAUACAACAUGAAAAGACCCCACCGUCACAGACCCGCACAAGGAUCAAUACAUCACCAUCUCAGAGGUGCUGUUUGGUGAAAUUAGAUUAGUUUCCUUUCAUUUGAACUGUAGCGACUGCUAAUAGUAUACCUGAUACUAAAUAAAAUAAUAAUCAAUCAAAAAA